AUGAUUGCGGAAUCGUUAGAAAUAUUUGUAAUCUCUAUAUUUAUAAAAAAAAACUUUUACGCCGCGAGAAAUUCUAUAGCGAAUAACACAAUAAAGUAUGGUUCUGAAGUUGAGAGCCCAAUCUUAGCGACAACGAAGAUGACUAGUCAACGGGAACCAACUGUGGUGGGCGUGUCGAACUUCAACGCGUUGGAGGACGCGGCUGCUCUGCGAGCUGCCAUGAAAGGCUUUGGUACGGACGAGCAGGCGAUCAUCGACAUCCUCACCACACGCUCAAACGCGCAGCGCCAAGCCAUCUCGCAAGCCUACACGCAUGAGUUUGACAGGGACUUAAUAGAUGACCUCAAGUCGGAGUUGGGCGGUCACUUCGAGGACGUGAUAGUGGCGCUGAUGCUGCCCCCGGAAGAAUACCUUUGCAAGGAACUGAACAAGUGCAUGGACGGACUGGGCACAGACGAGCACGUGCUUAUUGAAAUACUCUGCACGCGUACCAAGAAGGAAAUCGCGGCCAUCGUAGACGCUUACGAGAGACUGUACAAUCGACCCCUGGCGGAGCACAUGUGCUCCGAGACGUCGGGCGACUUCCGACGGCUGCUGACCCUCAUCGUGACCGGCGCUCGGGACGAAGAGGCCGGCGUGGACCCUGUGCGGGCUGCGGAGGCCGCGCAGCAAUUGUACGACGCAGGAGAGGCCAAGUGGGGCACCGACGAAGAGAUAUUCAACAAGAUUCUGGCACACGAGAGCUUCGCGCAGCUGCGGCUCAUCUUCGAGGAGUACAAGAAUAUAGCGGGCCGGACCAUCGAGCAGGCCAUCAAGGCGGAGAUCGACGGAGAACUAAAGGAUGCGUUCUCCGCUAUAGUGGAGUGCGUUGAAAGUGCACCAGCCUGGUUCGCCGAGCGGUUACGGAAAGCCAUGCAAGGACUCGGCACCAAUGACUCCACUCUCAUCAGGAUCCUCGUCAGCCGAUCGGAAAUAGACCUUGGCGCCAUCAAGCGGGAGUACGAACGCCUGUACGAUAAGACGCUCGAGAGCGAUAUCAGGGUAUUGGAGUGCGUGGAGAAUGCGGCGGCGUGGUUUGCACAAAGACUCCGCGCGGCUUUACAAGGUGCCGGCACCGACGACGGCUGCCUCGUGCGAGUCGUCACCAGCCGCGCCGAGAUAGAUCUCGGGAACAUCAAGAGGGAGUAUGAACGGCUCUACGAUAAGACGCUGCAGAGCGAUCUCGAGGGAGAGACGUCGGGCGACUAUAAGCGCGCGCUCGUCGCACUGCUGGGGCCCGCGUGA